AUGGUGUGCACAGCGCCGCCAGUUGGGCUCGAUUCGUCGGCGUCGUCAGCAUCAGAUUCGUCGGCGUCGUCGGCGCCGUCCUUCCAUGCCGAAGACGACCUGCCGGCCGGGCGCACUUUCGCCCAGGCGACGGCAGCAACGUCCUUGUCCUCCUCGCCAAGUCCGCUCUACGCGGCCGCGGCGGCCCCCGCGAACCAGCACCAGGAUGAUGACGGCAGCGAUUGCGAAUGCUGCGCGGACCGACCAACGGGCAAACGGGGCUGCUGUGUGUGGGAGUGCGCCGAGUGCGGCGUGUGCAAGAUGGCCGACGACUGCAGCGGCCCCGGCUGUCUGCUGUUCUUUCCGACGACGACAGUGACGUGCCAGGGCUCGUUCGGCACGUGGAGCAACUGGUACUCGCGCACUAUCUGCGGGUCGAUCUUUCCGAUCUUCGUGGCGCUCGUGCUGUUGCUCCUGUGCGUGGACAUGGUCAUCAUCUGCGUGUUCUGGACGCUGUGGAGCUUACUGAUACCGCUGGGCAUGCUGUUCUUCCUGAUGACGCACUACUUCUGCCCGUCCGUCAAUCGAGGCGUCGACAAAGCGUGCGGCAGCUAUGGCUUCUUUGUCGGCCAGAUCUGCCCGUAA